AUGGUAAUGUUCCAUAGGUUAACCUUGCUUCCCUAUUUAAUCAAACAUACUCCCAAGAAUGCAUUGCCCGAAAUAAGCGGAGCCAAUGGACCGUUGAAAGUCUACGCAUUUGAUUUAGAUCAUACAAUUAUAAAGCCAAAGACAGCUGGAUCAAGAUUCAGCACAUCAGCAGAUGACUGGGACUUUAUGAACUUCUCUCCCGGCAGAUCUGCACUUGAUAAACUAUUAUCAAUUGUAAUAGAAGACGCAACAGCGCAAGUAGUGAUUUUUUCUAACCAAGGAGGCGUCAUUACAGUUCCCUCAAAUUCUAAGAGUUGUACGAAAUAUGUAGAGAAAAUUAGACUUAUAUUGAAGGCAAUUUCCCUUGAAAAAGACGGUAAUAGACUUCUUGAAAGAUUGUGGAUUUACUCCUCACCAAAAAAACCAGCAUCGUUUACAAGAAAACAGAAUAAGUCGAGCUUACUAACAAAGCCAAUGAAAGUUGUCAAAACAUUGAAGAAACUCAACAAGCCUGCACCCAAACUAGAGGAGCCAAUGUUGAUGGAUCCUGAAAUAUUCACGAAAAUGAGAAAACCAGAAACAGGUAUGAUGCAGGAAUUUAAAAAAGAUCUCGAAAGCAUUUAUCCAACAGUAAUAAGUAUUGAAGUUUGUCACUAUUGCGGGGACGCGGCAGGAAGAAAACAAGACUUCAGCGAUUCUGAUAAACAAUUUGCAAAAAAUCUAGAUGUACCAUUUAAAUUACCAGAAGAUGUAUUCUAA